GACUUGGUGUCCUGGUGUCCUGGUGUCCACAGUCACACCCCAGCGCCGACACUCGAGCUCACUCUUUGUCCUUUUCUACUUCUUGCUGGGUUUCCCCGCGUCGCGCAGGAGCCGCCCCGCCAUGGCCAAAGGAGAAGGUUGCGAGCAAUACUCCAACGCCAGUUUGCUCAAUAAAGCGUCGGAUUGUGAAGGCAUCACGCCGUCUAAGAAGCACGAGCCGAGGAACAGAUUGUCCGUCUGCAACAAGAUCUGCUACGCCAUCGGUGGAGCGCCCUACCAGAUCACAGGAUGUGCCUUAGGCUUCUUUCUGCAGAUCUACCUGCUGGAUGUAGCACAGCUGGAUCCCUUUUACGCCUCAAUCAUCCUGUUUGGGGGCCGUGCAUGGGACGCAAUAACGGACCCCACAGUGGGCUUCCUGGUUUCCCGCAGUCCAUGGACACGUUUUGGGCGCAUGCUACCCUGGAUCGUGCUGUCAACCCCUCUGGCAGUGCUCUCCUACUUCCUCAUUUGGUACGUCCCCCCCUUUGAGGACCGCAAAGUCAUCUGGUACCUCUUCUUCUACUGUAUCUUCCAGACCCUGCAGACUUGCUUCCAUGUGCCGUAUUCUGCCCUCACCAUGUUCAUCAGCUCCGAGCAGAAGGAGAGGGACUCUGCCACGGCCUACAGGAUGACCGUGGAGGUUCUCGGCACCGUGCUUGGCACCGCCAUCCAGGGUCAGAUCGUGGGCAUGGCCAACGCGCCCUGCGUCCCAGGUCCAGGCCAGAUCUCGGCGGACGCGAGCAACUCGUCGGCAUCAGCCGGCCUCAACGCCACGGUUCACGUGAUCACUCUGCAGCACACGAGGACGGCCUACAUGAUCGCCUCCGGUGUCAUCUGCUUGAUCUACGUCCUGUGCGCCAUCGUGCUCUUCUUCGGCGUGAGGGAGAUGAAAGAGUCCAGUCGUCCCAAGUCCCAACCCUUAUCCUUCCUGCAGGGCAUCAAGCUUGUGAUGGGACACGGGCCCUACGCCAAACUGGUCAUGGUCUUCCUCUUCACCUCCUUAGCCUUCAUGCUCCUGGAGGGAAACUUUGCUCUGUUCUGCAGCUACACACUGGGCUUCAGAAACGACUUCCAGAACAUUCUUCUGGUCAUCAUGCUCUCGGCCACCCUCACCAUCCCCUUCUGGCAGUGGUUCCUCACCAGGUUCGGCAAGAAGACUGCAGUGUACGUCGGCACAUUGUCUGUAGUCCCCUUCAUGAUCCUGGUGGUGUGUUUGAAGAGCAACCUCAUCGUCACCUACAUCGUCUCCUUCGCCGCCGGAGUGGGAGUGGCCGCAGCGUUCCUUCUGCCGUGGUCCAUGCUGCCAGACGUGGUGGACGACUUCCAAGUAAAGAACCCACACUCCACCGGCCACGAGGCGCUCUUCUACUCUUUCUACGUCUUCUUCACAAAGUUCGCCUCGGGAGUCUCGCUGGGCAUCUCCACCCUCAGUUUGGAUUUUGCAGGCUACAUCUCACGAGGCUGCUCCCAGCCUGCAGAGGUGGACGUGACCUUGAAGGUUCUGGUGUCGGCCGCUCCCAUCCUCCUCAUCAUGAUCGGCCUGGCCAUCUUGUACACAUACCCUAUAGACGAGGACAAGAGGCAAGACAACAGGAAGUUGUUACAAGAGCAAAGGUAUGAAGCCGAAUCUGAAACUGAAUCCACAGAACUUUCCAAAAUGAUUUAAGAAGACUGACUCUUGUCCAAUAAGACUUGGCCAUCAGACUCUUGUCCAAGAAGACUGACUCUUGUCCAAGAAGACUGACUCUUGUCCAAGAAGACUGGCUCUUGUCCAAGAAGACUGACUCUUGUCCAAGAAGACUGACUCUUGUCCAAGAAGACUGACUCUUGUCCAAGAAGACUAAGCGUUAUCCAAGAAGACUGACUCUUGUCCAAGAAGAGUGAGUGAUAGUGGAAGAAGAGUGAGUGAUGGUGCAAGAAGAGUGAGUGAUAGUGGAAUAAGAGUGAGUGAUGGUGCAAGAAGAGUGAGUGAUAGUGCAAGGAGAGUGAGUGAUAGUGGAAGAAGAGUGAGUGAUAGUGGAAGAAGAGUGAGUGAUAGUGGAAGAAGAGUGAGUGAUAGUGGAAGAAGAGUGAGUGAUAGUGGAAGAAGAGUGAGUGAUGGUGCAAGAAGAGUGAGUGGUAGUGGAAGAAGAGUGAGUGAUGGUGCAAGAAGAGUGAGUGGUAGUGGAAGAAGAGUGAGUGAUGGUGCAAGAAGAGUGAGUGAUGGUGCAAGAAGAGUGAGUGGUAGUGGAAGAAGAGUGAGUGAUGGUGCAAGAAGAGUGAGUGAUAGUGCAAGAAGAGUGAGUGAUGGUGCAAGAAGAGUGAGUGAUAGUGCAAGGAGAGUGAGUGAUAGUGGAAGAAGAGUGAGUGAUAGUGGAAGAAGAGUGAGUGGUAGUGGAAGAAGAGUGAGUGAUGGUGCAAGAAGAGUGAGUGAUAGUGCAAGAAGAGUGAGUGAUGGUGCAAGAAGAGUGAGUGAUAGUGCAAGGAGAGUGAGUGAUAGUGGAAGAAGAGUGAGUGAUAGUGGAAGAAGAGUGAGUGAUAGUGGAAGAAGAGUGAGUGAUAGUGGAAGAAGAGUGAGUGAUAGUGCAAGAAGAGUGAGUGAUAGUGGAAGAAGAGUGAGUGAUAGUGGAAGAAGAGUGAGUGAUAGUGGAAGAAGAGUGAGUGAUAGUGGAAGAAGAGUGAGUGAUAGUGGAAGAAGAGUGAGUGAUAGUGGAAGAAGAGUGAGUGAUAGUGCAAGAAGAGUGAGUGAUAGUGGAAGAAGAGUGAGUGAUAGUGGAAGAAGAGUGAGUGAUAGUGGAAGAAGAGUGAGUGAUAGUGGAAGAAGAGUGAGUGAUAGUGGAAGAAGAGUGAGUGAUAGUGCAAGGAGAGUGAGUGAUGGUGUAAGAAGAGUGAGUGAUGGUGCAAGAAGAGUGAGUGAUGGUGCAAGAAGAGUGAGUGAUGGUGCAAGAGGAGUGAGUGAUGGUGCAAGAGGAGUGAGUGAUGGUGCAAGAAGAGUGAGUGAUAGUGGAAGAAGAGUGAGUGAUAGUGUAGGAAGAGUGAGUGAUAGUGUAGGAAGAGUGAGUGAUAGUGUAGGAAGAGUGAGUGAUGGUGGAAGAAGAGUGAGUGAUGGUGGAAGAAGAGAGUGAUGGUGGAAGAAGAGUGAGUGGUAGUGGAAGAAGAGUGAGUGAUAGUGUAGGAAGAGUGAGUGAUAGUGUAGGAAGAGUGAGUGAUGGUGGAAGAAGAGUGAGUGAUGGUGGAAGAAGAGUGAGUGAUAGUGCAAGAAGAGUGAGUGACGGUGCAAGAAGAGUGGGUGAUAGUGUAGGAAGAGUGAGUGGUAGUGCAAGAAUAGUGAGUGAUGGUGCAAGAAGAGUGAGUGAUGGUGCAAGAAGAGUGAGUGAUGGUGCAAGAAGAGUGAGUGAUGGUGCAAGAAGAGUGAGUUAUAGUGCAAGAAGAGUGAGUUAUAGUGCAAGAAGAGUGAGUGAUAGUACAAGAAGAGUGAGUGGUAGUGCAAGAAGAGUGAGUGAUAGUGGAAUAAGAGUGAGUGAUGGUGCAAGAAGAGUGAGUGAUGGUGGAAGAAGAGUGAGUUAUAGUGCAAGAAGAGUGAGUGAUAGUACAAGAAGAGUGAGUGAUAGUGGAAUAAGAGUGAGUGAUGGUGCAAGAAGAGUGAGUGAUGGUGCAAAGAGAGUGAGUGAUGGUGCAAGGAGAGUGAGUGAUGGUGCAAGAAGAGUGAGUGAUAGUGCAAGAAGAGUGAGUGAGUGCAAAAAGAGUGAGUGAUGGUGCAAAAAGAGUGAGUGAUGGUGCAAGAAGAGUGAGUGAUAGUGGAAGAAGCGUGAGUGAUAGUGGAAGAAGAGUGAGUGAUGGUGGAAGAAGAGAGAGUGAUAGUGUAAGAAGAGUGAGUGAUAGUGUAAGAAGAGUGAGUGAUAGUGUAAGAAGAGUGAGUGGUAGUGGAAGAAGAGUGAGUGAUGGUGCAAGAAGAGUGAGUGAUGGUGCAAGAAGAGUGAGUGAUGGUGCAAGAAGAGGGAGUGAUGGUGCAAGAAGAGGGAGUGAUGGUGCAAGAAGAGUGAAUGAUGGUGGAAGAAGAGUGAGUGAUAGUGCAAGAAGAGUGAGUGGUAGUGGAAGAAGAGUGAGUGAUGGUGCAAGAAGAGUGAGUGAUGGUGCAAGAAGAGUGAGUGAUGGUGCAAGAAGAGGGAGUGAUGGUGCAAGAAGAGGGAGUGAUGGUGCAAGAAGAGUGAAUGAUGGUGGAAGAAGAGUGAGUGAUAGUGCAAGAAGAGUGAGUGAUAGUGGAAGAAGAGUGAGUGAUAGUGCAAGAAGAGUGAGUGAUGGUGCAAGAAGAGUGAGUGAUAGUGCAAGAAGUGUGAGUGAUGGUGGAAGAAGAGUGAGAGAUGGUGCAAGAAGAGUGAGAGAUGUUGUCCAGUCACGCUGCUGCUACUUUCUUCAACAAGCUGCACAACAAGACUUGUUAUUUUUUAUUAUUAUUAUUUAAUUUUUUUUUUUUUUUUGCCUCUGUGAAUAUUUCCUGCGUGAUAUGAACUCGCUGGCCAAAGCCUUACUUUUUCUACUGCCAAGACGUGCUGGCGUCCGCUCCUUCACCAAAGCGCACAAGUUGUGUGCGUUGUUGACGUCCACAAACACGAGGCCUUAGUUCCGGCGGACUUCUCUGGCAGGAAGAAGGGAGACCUCCAUCUUGUUUGUGUCCUGCGUGCUGAAACAUCUUCAUGGCGGCUCCGACUGAGGAGUGCAGCCGCAGCUACAAAUGUAAUUUAAGUAUUUAUUAGAUGUGAUUGGAGCUGCAAAGUGGUGCAGCAUUUAAUAGGUUUGACAUGAAAGCAUGGUGCUUCUACGUGUGCAUGAUGGGAAGGAGAGAUGUUUCUCCACAUUCAUGUCCCUGGAUGGGAUGGAUGUACAUACAGUGUCUAUGUUAUACAUAUUUCACAUGCUCCUGACAGCUGGAGCUUCCAUGUAAAGUUUUGUCAAAUAUGUUCUUUGAAAUCCUUUGCAUAUUUUCUAAUCCUUCCUCUCGUCCUGUAAAUGUUUGACUUGGAUUUUCCUGCUGAGGCUGUGAGCCAAAUGUGUGAGCUUUAAUCCUGGAGGGACACACACAUGUAAACAUUGUAUGCCACACGUGUAAAUAUCUUUCAUAUCUUUGUGUCCCGAUGUACCCGUGCUGUGCUUAUUUAAGGAGACUGUUUGAAGGCCACAAUAAAUGCAAACCGAAAAGUCA